UCGCCCAGGUAACCCAGUCCCUCUCGUCCUUCACAUCCAAUAGUUUCCUUGUUGUUUCCACGAAACGAAAGUGUUACAAAUUGUGACAAGCGCAAGCAAACACAACAGAAAAAGACGAAUUUACGCAAGCAUUUAAGAAUGGAUAAUACCUUUGAUGAAAGAUCUGAAGUAUGGAUUGAACCUUUCUCUGAAUUACUCAACUGCCUUUUCCCCAUGGAAUGGGUGUUCGGGGACUGGUAUUGGUGGUUGGCAUACUCCAAUGCAAGGCACUCUGACCCAGAAUGCUUUUUUUUGUCAAAUAAUCUAGAUGCUGGCAGCCGAGUCGAAGGUUUCUGCAUUCCGCGAUGCUUUGUUGCAGAUUCAGAAGAUUCCUUACUUGAAAACCUAGAUAAGAAAUCUUAUUGGGAACCAGAUCUGGAUCACAUGCGCAUUACUGAAAAUACUUUCAAAACUGAGUCAGGGAAAACUGCUCCAAUAUUCACUGUGAAGCACUUGCCUGAAGAUCCAAGAUAUACUAGGCUGUUGCUAACACAAGAGUGGAAAGAUGAUAAACCGCACUACAAGGAUGCCACAUAUCUUUGUCAUUCCUAUAUUCUCCCACUCCCAUAUGAGGAUAAACUUCUCUCAGAUCAUGAUAGUAAUGAUAUUCAUGGUCCUGUCCGGAAGCUUCACAAACAUGGGUUCCCAGGGUAUGAAGAGGACUAUGCAGCUGUUUUUAAGUAUCCUACACCAUGGCCUGAGCAAGCAAUGGAGUGGCUUGAGCGUGUGCGCCCAAAUGGAUGGCCAUCUCCUGAAAUUGUGAAGGAGAUUUUUGAGCAAGGCUGUCACCUUGCCCCCGUGGGUAGGGGAAAACAUUUAACACAACCAGAGGAUGCUUUACAAUAUAUAAAGCACCCGGGGAUAACGGAAGCUCAAUCAAGUGCUAUCGCAGCCACAGAGGGAGGAGCAAGGAAAGAAGAUGGAAAUCAAAUGGACGAGAGAGAGUGGAGGCUGUCAUUCUCAGUAGCAGAGAAUAUACUUGGACAGAAUAUAUCCCCUUUGCAGCGGUACCUCAUUGUGUUGAUGAAAAUGCUGAAGAAACAUUACCUUCCUGAUGUUAUCUGCUCGUACCAUUUGAAAAACCUGCUCUUUUGGGAAUGUGAAAAUAUGGAGGAGAUUUUUUGGAGAGAGAGCACCUCGGCCAAAUGUCUACUGCAUCUACUGGAUCGCCUUGAGGAGUGUCUGAAACAAGGGCAUCUUCCACAGUACAUGAUGCCAGAGAGCAAUCUCUUCAAGGAUGAAGACCCAGCAAGACUUGCUGAAGCAGCUUCUGUGGUAGCUGAUCUUAGGAGAAACAUUGUUUCAAGAACAGUGGGCUUCCUGAAGCGUAUUGUCUCAUUUGUGCAGCUUUCAAGUUUCUUUUACCAGGGUCUUGAUCUGAGCAAGCUGUUGAAGCCCAUGCAAGAUAAGGGAAUCAGUAGUGAUGAUAUCAGGGAGCUGUUAAGAUCGCUCUAUGAUCUUUUCAUUGGGAAGUAUAACAACAUGAUUUCAAGGUCAGGCAAGAAUGAACAAGAUGAUGAUGAUACACAGAAUGCAAAGAGGAUUCCUUUCAAUGCUUAUCAGUCUGUUCUUGCAAGAACCUUGGUGAAGAAAUGGCUCUUGGAUCAACAAAGCUCACCAGAAGAAGAGUUCAUUGCAUUUGUAAGAAAAAGCACAAAUGUGGAUAUCCUUGAUAAAGAUUUCAUUCAUGACACCACACAGUUUCUGUCCAUAAUGCAGCAAGAAGAAGAACCCACAGUUUAUGUCCCAUAUUCAAGUUUUAUGCAACACACUAAGGAAAUGCAAGAGAUCAUUGCAAUAAAAUCACUUCAAGAAACACUGGAGCCAGUUAAGGAUGUUUUGAGUCUAGUAAAAACCAGUGAUUUAAAAGCAAUGAUUGACUCAAUAGCUGAGAGUUUUCAUGGGAAAAUCGCAACCCUUUCCAUGAGUGAUCUUGAAAAAGCUGUCUUUGCGAAGAUUGGUGAGCUUGCAGAAAAAAGAGCCAAGGCAGAUGCUGACAUUGCAAAACUCUUUAAUAACCCAAAGCAGUAGAUCUCAGUGGUGGAACCAGGAAAGGGGUUGUUAGGGCUACAAUGUUGUGGCUUAAUGCAUUUUGAGAGUGAAAUUAUACCACCUUUGUACUGCAACCCCAACCCCACUGCCACUCUCAGAUCCUGGAUCUGUCCAUGUAUCUAUGUGUUUUUCUCCUUUUCACCACCCUGGUAUUGGGGUGUUUAGCUAAAAUGCCAUAGGGUAUUUGAGAGAGCAUUUACAAUAUUGUACACCAAAAAUUCUAAGAGAAGAAAUGUUUAACAAAAAAUGUACCUACCCCUCCCUUCCCUUCCCCCCCACCCACCCUGGUCUACUCCCUGCCAUUUAAUACCCUAAGCCUGACUUUCUAUCAACCGUCAAGGAACAUGUUUUAAUUGUUCUUGUUUUGAUAUCUCAAGUAGUCCAAAGUGACAUAGGUUACACACUAUGUAAUAGUUUCUUAAAGCAUGAAGGCUAUUUUGUGCCCUCAGUUUAUACAGUUUACAUGGAAUUAUAUAAAUACAAACAGUACGUAGUAUCUAAAUGUCAAGACAAUAAUGUUUACUGGAUUUAGUGAGACUUGUAUUAUUAUACUUUUAUUACAAUGUAAUUGGUAAAACUUCAUAAAAACUAAUAAUUGGUAAAAAUGAAUGAUAAUGGAUAAAGAAUUAUUACAAUAAAUAACCAUUUUUUGUGAGUA